AUGUCUCUUGAAACAUACUCUCAGCAACUAGUCUCCACACUUUCCAAAGUGGGACUUGCACCAGGCUCAAUACCUCUCAUUCCAAGCACCUUCAAACUCUCCACAAUACUAGGUAUAAAGUUCGGUGAUAGACCCGUGACAUACGGAGAGAUAUUCAGGGUUAGCGAAUGUAAAGUUGCACCCACGAUAUCGUUCGCACCUGAGGAAGACAAAGAUGCAUCCACAAGUUACACUCUCCUGCUAGUUGAUCCCGAUGCGCCAACACCAGAAGAGCCCAAAUUCGCUUUCUGGAGACAUUGGGUUGUUUCAGGCCUUGAACCAUCAAAAGUUGUGCCAGGCUCCGUUGCUACCGAACAAGCUGUGGCUUCAAAGGCGCCGUUAACUGAGUAUCUGGGCCCUGGACCAAAGGAUGACUCCACGCCUCAUCGCUACCUCUUCCUACUCUUUCGAGAGCCAGCAGGUGGCCUGUCGCUCUCAAAGGCAGAUGUAGGAGGUGAAGAAUUUGUUGAUCGUCGAUCAUUCAAAGCUGCAGAGUGGGUAGCAAAGCAUGGCUUGGAACUUGUAUCUGUGAACUGGAUGUUGGGUGCCGGAGACGGAUGGAGCGGUGUUGCGCCUGGUCAAGCGAAGGAAUUAUAA